AUGAAGCCAGGUUUUAGUCCCCGAGGGGGCGGUUUCAGAGGCCGAGGAGGAUUUGGUGACCGAGGUGGCUUUGGUGGUGACCGUGGCGGCUUUGGUGGUGACCGUGGCGGUCGUGGUGGCCGAGGAGGCUUCGGUGGGGGCCGAGGUCGAGGUCGAGGAGGAGGCAGUGGUGGCGGUGGCUUCCGGGGCAGAGGUCGAGGAGGAGGACGAGGUGGUGGAGGAAGCUUUCAGUCUGGUGCCCGGGGUCGUGGCAGAGGAGGAAAAAGAGGAAAUCCAGGGGGUAAGAAUGUGAUGGUGGAACCGCACCGACAUGAAGGUGUUUUCAUUUGCCGAGGAAAGGAAGAUGCCCUGGUUACCAAGAAUCUGGUCCCUGGAGAAUCCGUUUAUGGCGAGAAGAGAGUUUCCAUUUCGGAGGGAGAUGACAAAAUUGAGUAUCGCGCCUGGAACCCCUUCCGCUCCAAGCUGGCGGCAGCGAUCCUGGGUGGUGUUGACCAAAUCCACAUCAAACCUGGUGCCAAGGUGCUCUACCUUGGAGCCGCCUCAGGCACCACUGUCUCCCAUGUGUCUGACAUUGUAGGCCAGGAUGGUCUGGUCUAUGCCGUUGAAUUCUCCCAUCGCUCUGGCCGGGACCUCAUUAACCUGGCCAAGAAAAGGACCAACAUAAUCCCUGUCAUCGAGGAUGCUCGGCACCCACACAAAUACCGCAUGCUUAUUGCAAUGGUAGAUGUGAUCUUUGCAGACGUGGCCCAGCCUGAUCAAACCCGGAUUGUGGCCCUGAAUGCUCACACCUUCCUUCGUAAUGGAGGGCAUUUUGUGAUUUCUAUUAAGGCUAACUGCAUUGACUCCACAGCCUCUGCUGAGGCAGUGUUUGCUUCUGAAGUGAAGAAGAUGCAACAGGAGAACAUGAAGCCCCAGGAACAGUUGACCCUAGAGCCAUAUGAAAGAGACCACGCUGUGGUGGUGGGUGUGUACAGGCCACCGCCCAAAGUGAAGAGCUAA